AUGGUUUGUGGUCAAAGUGGAAUUACUUUCUUAGGAGCGUUAUCACUUCUAGUAUCAGAGAUGAUAGGUCCGGGAUUAGUUACGAUCCCAAUAUUGUUUGAAACGGCAGGAUUGAUAACACCAUUAAUAAUGUUUAGCGUAGCGGUGAUGUUAGCGUGUUCAUCAGCACUAUUACUUGUAGAAGCAUUAAGUUCGAUACCAGGCAAUGAAAAAUUUCAGAAAAAAAUAGAGUAUAUAAGUUUAUUUAGCAUAUUAAUUGAUAACAAAAUACUAAGAAUAAUUUCAUAUUUAAUAUUAUUUUUAUCAGUUGAAUCAAUGAUAAUUGCAACGAUAGCAUUAACAUCACAAGCAUUUGAUGCGAUAUUAGUAAGAUUCGUUGGAAGUACUUGUGGAAUAGGUUUAUAUCCUGAUAAAGGAUGGAUUUGUGUACAAAAUUUAAAUAAUUUUAAUAGUCCUUUUGGAGAUAGAUUAAUGUUUGUUACGGGUGGUUUCAUGAUCACUUUUAUUCUCGUAAUACCAAUGGCAAUUUGUAAUUUAGGAGAAAAUGUUAAAAUACAAAUAUUAUCAUUUAUUUCGUUAAUAAUUGUUAUUAUUAUAUGGAUAAUAGCUUGUAUAAUGAAUGGAUUAAGUCCGAAUAGAAUUCCAUUAAUUGGUAAUGAUCAUAGUUUAUUAGUAGGAACUGUAUUAUUCAAUUACGCUUUUAUAAUAACUGUUCCAAGUAUGAAUCAAGAUGUAUCAAUAAGAAAAGUUAUUUGGAUAUCAGUAGGAAUAACAACAUUAACAUAUAUUCUUAUAGGAUUAUUUGGAGCAAUGGCAUUUCAUUUUGAUCUUACUUCAAAUUUAAUAUCUGAAAUAAGAAGUUCUAAAAUACAUAAUAUAUUCACUGAUAUUGCUACUUUAUUAUUCCCUUUGGGUGGUUUACUUGCAAGUAUACCAGCUGAUACGAUAGUAUUACGAUAUAAUUUGGUUAGAUCUGAAUUAUGUAAUUAUUCUAUGGCAACGUUUAUUUCAUUGGUUAUACCUUGGUGUGUAGCUUUACCGUUUCAAACAGGAUUUUGGUUAAAUAUAUUUACGAAUUGGACAAGUUUAUUAUUUAUUAGUAUAACAAAUUUUUUAUUGCCAUUUUGUUUAUUUCAUCUAAGUCAAAAGAAAGCUAAAAUGUUACAAACAUUAGAAUUAGCUAGAGAAGAAGCUGAAUCAAAUGAAAAACAACAAAAUAAAAAUAUUGAUGAUAAUAAGAAUAAGAAUAAAGAUUAUUUUAAUCGUGAACCAAUAAUUUCUUUACCACCACCACCUUCUAUAACUCCUGAUACUUCAACACUAGAAGGAGAAGGAGAAGAAAAAUCAGCAUUUCAAAAACAUUUAGAAAGACAUUUACAAAAACUUGAAAAACAAAAAUUAGAAAAUCCUCAAUUAGAAAGAUUAAAACGAGCAAAAGUUUAUCGUAAUAUGUCAGCUGAUGCGGUACCAAUAGAUGAAUUACCUGAUUUUGUAUUAAAAAAGAAUACAAAAAAGAAUGAUAGUUUAAGUACUAUAAGUAGUAGUAAUAGUAAUAAUAAUGAUGAUGAUAAUAAUAAUAAUAUUAAUGUUCUUAAUGUUCUUUCACCUGGUGAAAUUUAUGAGGUUGAUAAAACUUAUAUACCUUCACAUCCUUCUACACCUAGAAGUACUAGUACUGAUGAUGAAGAAUUUUAUAGUUUAUUUAAUUAUGUUAAACCUUUUAAAGCUUUUCCUGGUACUAGUAAAAAAUUUAGUAUGAUGAUAUCUUAUUCUGCUGCUAGUAUUAGUAUAUUAUUAAUUAGUGGUGUUAUUAUUUAUGAUUUUAUUGGUUUGGCGAAUGGAAAAAAUUAUUUUGAUUUGGGUGUUAACAAUUAA